UAUAUGCAUACAAGCAAUAUACAGACUUUCUGCCUACACCUUUAACUUACCCUUAUCUUAUCCUUAUCUAAGAUAUCCUAUCUUAUCUACCUACCCUAUUCUUAUUAGUAUAUAGCCUCCUAAUUAAGAGCGACUAUGCUAGCUAACCAAGCCUAGCGGCAGGUCUCCUAGGUUUCGUAGCCGACUACCUAGGUAGGUAUCUAGAGAAAGUUAUAGUGGGUAGUGGGAGUGCAAAGCAACUUUUAUAUACGGCAUAUGCAUUUAUGCAGAGCUGUUUUAGAACCAGUGUGGGUAGCCCCGCCAACUGGUUUCUGCCCUGCAGGCGAGCGCAGAGAUCCGGCGUCAACUACCACCCAGCCGACGAAAGGAAGACAUUUAUUACUGGUCCGUCUUCCAAACGUCCAUCGACGAUCCGGGCAUACCACCGUACCGCAACGGGGGGGCAAAUCGAUAUCCACAAGAGCUUUACAACCCGCACUCGACAACAUUUCGCGGAUUUGGGCCAUGAUCUGAGGACCCGUCACGGGCACGAGUCGCACCUUCUUCCGCCAUGAUGGACGACUUCGUCAGCGAGUCGGAUAGCGACUACACAAGUUACUGGCGAGACUGGUUCAUCUCCUCGCGGGGCAACGAGUACUUCUGCGAGAUUGACGAAGAUUACCUCACAGACCGGUUCAACCUGACUGGGUUGAACACGGAAGUACAGUACUACCAAUAUGCCCUUGACCUCAUCACCGACGUCUUCGACCUGGAUUGCGACGAUGAGAUGAGGGAGACGAUUGAGAAGUCCGCGAGGCACUUGUACGGUUUGGUACACGCCCGCUUCAUUGUCACGACAAGAGGCCUUGCAAAGAUGCUCGAAAAGUACAAAAAGGCCGACUUUGGCAAAUGCCCCCGCGUCAUGUGCCACUCGCAUCCGCUCCUACCUAUGGGCCUCGCCGACAUCCCAAAUAUGAAGCCCGUCAAACUCUACUGCGCCCGCUGCGAGGACAUCUAUAACCCCAAGUCGUCGCGUCACGCCGCCAUCGACGGCGCUUACUUUGGCACCUCGUUCCACAACAUCAUCUUCCAGGCCUACCCGGCCCUUAUCCCGACCAAGAGCGCCGAGCGCUACGUCCCGCGCGUCUACGGCUUCAAGGUCCACGCUCCGGCCGCCCUCAUCCGGUGGCAGCACCAGAAGAAGGAUACGAUGCGCCGCCGUCUACGCAAGAUGGAGGUUGACAGCGGCUUCCGCGAUGAGGACGUCCUUGAGGAGGAGGAGGAGGAGGAGGAUGACGUUGAAUUUGAGGGCAUAGAGACUGCCCGCCCGGCCGGUGCCGAUGAGGGCGUGGCUAUGACGUGAAGAGGCCAAGGAAGAGGUGGCCAACAUACUGUGCGGCAUUUUCACUAAGGAUGCUCCUGAUAGGCAUGAUGGCUAGCAAGUCACAUCAGUAUCGCACUUAUGAAAAGGGCAAAGGGGGUGAGUGACUGUCUUGUGCCCCAUUAUGCUCUGCUUGGCCUGCUUUUCCUAGUUUGCCCUUGUCCUGCUUUAGUGGACUCGGACCUCCAGUAUAAUGAUAUGAUGGCUUUCAU